AUGCCCUGCAACUACAAACAGUUCAACUCGGCUAAACCACUCAAGUUUAAUGGGUUUGAAGGAGCAACUAGGCUCCUACAAUGGUUUGAGAGUAUAGAAAGCAUAUUCCGUCAUGUUCAGUGUCCUGGUGAGCUCAAGGUAGAGUUCGCAUCGAGUGUUUUCCAAAAGAGAGCACUCAGUUGGUGGAAUGGAGCCAUGAGAGACAGAGGUGCAGACAUAGCGAUGGCACAAACAUGUGAAGAAUUCAAAAAUCUUAUGAAGAAAGAAUUCUGCCCACGAAUCGAAAUGAGGGCACUCGAAACCGAAUUUUAUUACCUCAAACAAGAUAGUGGUGAAAACUGUGCUUAUAUAGACCAGUUUGAAGAGUUGAGCCUACUCUUCCCCACUAUGGUCACACCUUCAGAUCCGGCCAUUGAGAAAUAUAUUGAUGGGCUACCUGAUCCAGUCCAAGAUAUUAUCAUUGGCAGCAAACCCGCAAUGAUCAGGGAGGCUAUCGAACUAGUCGCUACCCUAACCGACUCCCAAGUUAGAAAAGGGAAACUUUUUCGAAAGGGAGACAAGAAACAAACCACUGAAACUACUAAGGAGAAUCUAAAGGAAACAAAGCUUGAACAUUCCAAAAAUUCUAAGAAGCGUAAAGCUUCAAAGAAUUAUAUGAUUGCUGCAACAAUCCCACUUAACUCAGUACCUGUUAAGGGGUCUUAUUGUGGGAAACAACCUAUGUGCAAUCGUUGCAACUAUCAUCACCGAGCUAAUUCUCCAUGCCGCCAGUGUACAAUCUGUGGUCAUUUUGGCCAUCUAGCUGUGACCUGUCGCAUCCAAAACCAAGAUGCCCCUACUCAAACUCGCCCUCACUACCCAGCUGGAGGAUGUUUCAAUUGUGGUGAUUUAAAUCAUUUCAAGCGAAAUUUCCCUAAGCUUGCUAAUGCUAAUAGACGAAUGUUCAAUGUCAAUGAGAUUCAAGCUGAUGAUCAAGUACUUAUGAUCAUUUGA